AUGGAGUUUUCGAGCUUCGAAAAUUUGGCACGACAGUUAUCCGAUCUUGAAGUUGCAGUCUUCUUGUCUCUGGUGGCGCGUGAACAUUGCCUUAUCGAGACCUCGGAUGACCUGAUUGACGACCUCGCUCAAGAAUUGGCCUUGGUUUGCACUCACUCUCUGGGUCUCGCAUAUUCUAUUCUUGACUGUUCUGCCGAAACGUCUACGAAUGACUUGUGCAAUGGUAGUCUUACGCCGAGUGCUCGCAAAGAACUGGAGGAGCCAGCAAUCUCCAGGCUGAAAUCCGAGUCUUCGGGCAAUCUUUCAACAUUUGGAACUGCCCAGAGCCGAGACCAGGGCAGAUAUGCGGCUCCUAGAAGUCCCGAAAAGGAGAUCAACGUUGUGAACGUGGUUAUUGCCAAGAAUUUCAACCUCGUUGAUCAUGAUGUUCAGCUACAAGCUCUUCAGUUGAUGCGAAGCCGACACCUCUUUAUGGAAUCAUAUACAUUGAACGCGCCGGCAAAUUUCAUCUUUAUACCCCUCGUUGUACGAGAAUCAGAACAAUUACAGCCGCCUUUGAACUUCCAUUUGAACGAGCAUCUUCUCGUGUCCCAUUACCACGCCGCGGUGGAUGGCUUCAUUUAUCUUGAGCAUGAUGACUGGCUAUCCGAUGAUCGAGACUCAGCAUCGUCGGUCAUAUACAAGCCAAUACAUCAUCAGCGAAAGUCUGCCAAAAUUAGCGAGACCACGAUUGAAAAGCUGAGAGAGGCUAGUGAUUGUGUGACAAUAAGCGCAGAGAUCAUGCGCUACAUGCAGGAUAUUAUCGUGUUCCUGCGCCUAAGUCGCGGAAUGGGCGGUGGGAUCUCUGCAAAGGCAAACCUUCAUUUGUCGCGUUUCUCAAGAUUACUUGCUGCCCUUCAAGGCUUCGACUUCAUUACGCCGACUAUAGUAGCCCUUGCCGCAGAGAAGGUGCUCCGGCAUAGAAUCAUCGUUGCUACUCCUGAUCGGGAUAGAAGCAUGCAGUAUGGAAGCGAUGUUCAAACAGUCUCUAGGAUACUAGCAGACAUUACGCCGGAUUCAAUUCUUGAUGGUGUGUUCCAGGAGGUUGAGCCGCCAGUCUGA